GAGCAAAAUUAAGAAAAUAGGGGAUGUCGAACUCUGCUCUUGUUGGGUUAAACAGCAUGGGAAAGUUCAGGACAAGAAACGUAGGAUUUUACUUGACUUCAGCGUGAGAUAGUCUUCCUCCUUAGCCGUGCGCCUUUACGCGCGGAGAAGGCUGCAGGAACGUGGGUCGCCCACUAAUCCGAAUUCUUACAGAGUUUUGGGGCAAACAUGACAGACGCGACCAAGUCGUUGACGGACCAUGCAUUCAGUCCAGCGGGCAGCGACAGCUCCACGACCCUGCACGGUUCGGAUUCAGAGUCUCUGGCCUCUCCUGCGGGGUCCGAGGCACGAGGGACUGCGUCCAGAAAAGCGCACAAGCCGGGGAGCCGCGCGGAGGACGAGCGCUUCCCCGCCUGCAUUCGCGACGCGGUGUCGCAGGUGCUGAAAGGUUACGACUGGUCGCUGAUGCCGUUGCCCAGCCAAGGGGAGCGAGGGCUCAAGAACAAACCUCACGUGAAGCGGCCGAUGAACGCGUUCAUGGUUUGGGCGCAGGCGGCGCGGAGGAAGCUGGCGGAUCAGUAUCCUCACCUGCACAACGCGGAGCUCAGCAAGACGCUGGGAAAACUGUGGCGGCUUCUCUCUGAAACAGAGAAGCGGCCUUUCAUCGAGGAGGCAGAGAGGCUGAGGCUGCAGCAUAAGAAAGACUACCCAGACUACAAGUACCAGCCUCGAAGACGCAAAAGCACCAAACCGGGUCUGGGGGACUGUAGACCAGGACUGGUCCAGCAGCAGCAGCAGCAGGACUUGUUUAAGACAGAACCUGGGAUGGCCAGACUGGCUGGGACAGGGGAAACACAUCACCAUUACCAUCCCGACAGGACAGGUCAGUCUCAUGGACCUCCAACACCUCCCACUACCCCUAAAACCGACCUUCACGCGGGAAGCAAACAGGACGCCCACCGGCUUGUGGACGGCAGUGGCGGCUCUGCUCCUCCUCCCGGCCGUCAGAACAUUGACUUCAGCAACGUGGACAUCUCAGAGCUCAGCACUGACGUCAUCGGCACCAUUGACGGAUUUGACGUCCACGAGUUUGACCAGUACCUGCCUCCCAACAGCCACAGCUCUGCUGUUCUAGCCCUGCAAGAUACAAGCCACGCACAUAACAACCCCACGGAAUCGUUCGUCCUACCCGGCAUCCACUCUCACUCCCACAGUAGUCCCACAUGGACACCCAAAACUUCUGGCGGGACUCCCACUGGAAUGCCCCCGUCCUCUUCUAGCAGUGACACACAUGGGCCCCACGAGGACGCCCGCCACAGACCUCAGAUAAAAACAGAGCAGAUGAGCCCAGGUCACUACAGCAGCUCGUCCUCCUCCACUCCUCCGCCACCACAGUCAGAGUACACCGCCGUCAGUUCAGGCACCUGCCCUUCCUCCACCUCCUCCUCGUCGUCUUCUUCCGCCAACCUAAUUGAGUACAAUGACCUUCAGAGCUCCAGUUUCUACAGUGCCUUCUCUGGGUACCCUUCUAGUCUGUAUCAGUAUCCGUACUUCCACUCCUCCAGAAGUCCUUACGCCACACCGCUUAUCAACAGCCUGGCCUUGGCGCCGUCUCCGCACAGUCCUCCCUCUGGCUGGGAGCCGCCGAUCUACACAACACUCACCAGGCCUUGAAGAGAAGGAUGCAAUAAAAAUAGGUCAUAUAGAAAAAAAAACUGACCACAGCGUGUUAAAUAUGAAGGAUUAUUUAGACGAUUUUCAGAGACAUUUUGACUUACUGAAAUUUAUUCUCGAAGGUUUUGAUGAGUUUGGAAUUCCGAGGGACAGUGCUCGCAUCUGUUGACUGAGGGGCUCAUAUUGUGCAUCAAUGUAUUGAAAAAAAAAAUCGGAUUAACAACGAGUGAUUGUUUUGUCUCCUUACCAAGUAAAAAGGUGUGUGAAAAGCCAAUUACUGUAAACCGUCACGGUAGACUUCCAUUAAAACUCACUAAUGAAAUGUUCAUGUGUGAGUGGCUCAUUAGGUCAUUGGUUUUUAUGCUUUUGUACAGAUUGAACAAUUUAAGACACAGCAUAUUUAUUAGUGAGCUUUAGAGGUUCUGGCUGGCAAGAUAUUUUUUUCAUACUUCUGGACAGAGCCAUGCUAGCAGGUUCCAGUCUUUAUGGUAGCCAUUUCCCAAAAUGCCAAAAUAUUCAAUUUGAUUUUUGAAAAGUGUCACUGCAAACUACAUAAUUGCACAAAUCAGAAUAAACUGGAAAUCGAGUAGGCCAAAACGCUUGCAUUGUGAUUUAGUGCUUAUUCCUCUAUAUCCAAGAAAAAUUGCUUCAAACGUCACGUUAUUAUGCGUGUACUUCCUCUAUUCCGGUGAUAAUAACAUUUUUCUUUCUCACACAUUUAGGGUGACACUAUGUGCAGGGUCAAAGGAAAAGAAUGUUAGGGUCAUAGUCACAGCAACAGGAAGACACAAUAAAUCAAAU